UCAUAAUUGUUGAGAAGAAAACGUCUAAUUUGAGCUGAGAAUAUUUGUUUUUUUAACAUUAUGAUGAAGUACUGUUGGCUUUAUAGGAAUAUUUUACAUUUCUUUUGUUUUUCGCAAUUAUCCACAAAAAUUGCAUCUAUCACAACCCUCCUAACGUACACGGUGUUGACACUAACCAAUAACUGUAUACAUUUAGAAUAUUUACGUAGAGACUUCAAAACAUUUCAAUAUCCAUUUUACAAUAGCAAUCAAAUCAUCAAUCUGUCACAAUCGUAUAACAUGGUAGAAUUUUGUAUAAAUCCUGUAAAAGUAGUAGAAUAUUUUCAACUAGAGCAUUCUGAUAUUAUAUGUAAAACUGAAGGUAUCGAUAAUGCGACUAAAUGGAGGAAUACUCAAUAUUUACUUUCACAAAAUAAUUACUUAAUUAAUUCAAAUUAUGAUUGCAAUAAUUUUCAAGAUUGUUACAUAUGGAAUGAACAAUCUUCCCUACACUAUGACAUUAAAAUUGAUUAUCAAUUAAAACAAAGUAUAUUAUCACACAAUCAACAUAUGACAACUUUGUUAUCACUGAUAUAUCAAGUUUGUCAACCACUUGAACAUUCAAACGAGUAUCACAAUAAAAUGUCUCCUGACAAAUCUAUAAAUGUUUCUAUAGAAAGUAAUGAAGAACAACAUACUCCGCAUAUUCAUAAUACAAAUUUUAAUCAAAUGAAUUCAUUUUAUACUUCCUAUUCAUCAUAUCAUCCAGAGGAACGCGUUGACACUGAGAGUCAUAUGAUGCUCAUAUCACAUCUUAGUAAACAUCAAUUGAAACAAUUCAGAGACAAUCAUGAUAAACAUACCAGAUUACAGAAAACUAACUGUAAGCAAACGAUUAGAAAUCGUACUGCUAGUAAUUAUAACAAUAUCUCAAAUUACACAAUGAAUGUAUAUGGACAUAGUCAGUCAGUUCGUGUGGAUCAAAAAAGUAUUUUCGUUAUAGAUCGUCCAUCAUCGUUGUUAAACGUAUCAUCACCAACAACAAUCUACAGGUCGGCCACGUCGAUUCAUCAUGUUCCACACUCAUUAAAAAAUGAAUUAUCAGUAAAUAAUGAAACGAAGAAAGGCAAUCAACAAAAUAAUAAUCCAAUAUUAAGUUUUCAAUAUGUUGAACCACAUACAGUCGAGUUACUUGUAGUUGUUACUGAAAGUAUGAAACAACAAUUUGGUCCAUUAAUUAAUGAAUAUCUUCUUUCUACUAUGACAACGGUUUCAACGCUUCUUCGGCAUCCAAGUUUGAAAAAUUCAAUACAGCUAAAUGUUGUGGAUAUUAUACUUUUGGAUCCUGUUUACGCACGCAGACAUAAUCUUGAGGACUGGUUAAACAGCAAACAAGAACAAGUUAUGGCCAGAUUUUGCAAAUGGGUUAAUCGACUAAGAACGCCGACGUACACUUGGGAUUCAGCGAUUUUAUUGAAUGUUGGACAUUUCAAAUCUACAGCGCUGGGAGUCGCACACUAUCGAUCAAUGUGUAACCCAGAAAGUUCAUGUCUAGCUGUUCUUGAUCGCGGAUUUGGAACAGGAUAUAUAAUAGCACACGAACUGGGACAUCAGCUUGGAGCCAAACAUGACUUUGAAUUAAACUCUAGCUGUGGAUUGGAAGAACAGAAUCAUCAUAUGGUUGAUCCUCAAACAAGAAGUAGCGCUCACGAUUUAAACUUAGGUACAUAUCCUUAUUAUCAAUCUGGUGAUGAAUGGAACUACAGAGAAGACUAUCGUAAUUCAGAUGUUCAUCAAUACGAAUUUGUUCGACGAGAUACCAUCAUGUCUGGUACAUUAUACUUUGAUCAAUUUCCUUUAAGAUGGUCUGCAUGUAGUCGACAAGCUAUACACUUAUUUAUAGAAUCAAAUGCUGCUAAUUGUUUAAGACAUUUAAACUCUGAAACAACAUUUUAUUCAGCUGAAAAGUUAGCUAGUCAAUCUAUGGAUAAUCGUCCUGGGCAAAUAUUCUCACUUAAUCAACAAUGUGAAUUUGUGUUAAAAAUUAAAGGAACACAAUUCUGUGGUCAGAUGCUUCCGGCUUGUCGCCAGCUAUAUUGUCAAGAUAGUGAACAUAGGUCAUGUUUACCAAUGGAAACGGCUUGGGCUGAGGGAACACCAUGCGGGAGCAGUAAAUGGUGUAUUCAGGGACGAUGUGUAUCAACUAAUGAAAAUCCAACUCCAUUACAUGGAAAUUGGGGUGAAUGGGGAUCAUGGUCAAAAUGUUCACGUAGUUGUGGUGGUGGAGUACAAUUUUCCGAACGUGAAUGCAAUAAUCCUGAACCUCAGAAUGGUGGUAAUUUUUGUCAUGGAACACGAACUCGAAUGAGGUCAUGUGGAACUGAGCCUUGUGAGAAGCAACUUAAUAUUCGCCAAACGUUAUGUGAUAAAAUAGAUGGACAAUACAAAGGUCAAUUACGAGCUUACUUUCCGAAACUUGGUGAGCCUACAUCAUGCAAUUUGAUCUGUUUGUAUAAUUCCCAUUCUGUAUCCCAUGGUUUCAGCUUACCAGAUGGAACACCAUGUUAUACACAAAGAGAUGAUAUAUGCAUAAAAGGCAAAUGUUGGGAAACUGGCUGUGAUGGUAUUUUGGGCUCUCGAUUACGUUUUGAUCGUUGUCGUGUAUGCGGUGGAGAUAAUAGUACUUGUGAGGAAAUUAAAGGCGUUUUCAAUGGAAAUACAUUAACUCCACCUGGUACUUAUCCACGUGGUUUAAUUACAGCUGUACGUAUUCCGAGAGGAGUUACAAAUGCGUUUGUCAGAAAAGUUUCUGAUCGUAUUAUUCCCUACUCCUCAGAUUCGUAUGACGAUUUUAUGUUGUUGAUAUUUGAGGAAUUAAAAACUCAAAUACGUAGAGGUGAAACACAUGAACCAUUUGCUGGAGCCGAGCUUUACUACAGUGGUAGUCGUAGUCGUGAAGAAAUUGUUUCAAUUACUGGAAGGCUCAAUAAAGAUGUGAAUAUUGUUAUUCGUGUCGAAAACUCGCAUACAACUCAAUCUUUACCAAGAGUGGAAUACAGUUACUUUAUUGAUAAAUCACAAAAAAAUAAUUCACUAUAUUUCAUUGCGGAAAGUGAAGCACGAUUAGCUGAAGAUAGAAUUAAUCGUCGUACCGGAAGAUCACAAGAUACUCACUCAUCAUAUGAAACAGUUGAUAAAUUAAUUAAUCCUGUACAGCAUAAACCAAGUGAAUUGGAUAAUCGUAAAAUUAAGAAUGAGAAACCAAAAAUAUAUUUCGUCUGGAGAAUUAGUGAACUACCCACAGGUUGUACUACGUGUGCAGGAAACGUCACAACACCUGCAGAAUGUUAUCCAUUAGUUCCGAAAGAUACUGAGCAAAGUCAAUUUUCACAGUUUGAUCUAUUGCGACCAGUAGCUGAUUAUCUAUGCGCCUCUAUGCCAAAGCCUCCAUCAGUUUUCAGACGUUGUUCCGACUAUUGUGGUGUACGAUGGUCAGCUAAACCAGUUCUAACAGGAAAAACAUCAAAUGGUAUUCAUAACUUUUAUACUAGUAGCUGUUCAGCACGAUGUAAUGAAGGUCAUGAAGCUGUCGAGUAUGUGUGUGAAGAAUAUAUUGUACCUGCUGAACAAAAAGAUAAGUCAAAAGGAAUUUGGAGAGUUGCUCAACUAGGAGAACUUGUAUGCCAUAAAGCAGGCUUGGGAAAAGCUCCACCAAAACCAGCUUAUGUUACAUGUAAAGGUUCAUGUUAUCCUGUGUAUUGGAUUUUAUCGAAUUGGACAGAAUGCAACAGUUCUUGUGGAGAUGGAACACGUAAAAGAAUUCUUUACUGUCAAGAUGAAAUUGGGCAAAAUUGGCCUCUCAAUGAAUGUAUGACUUACGGUGAAUCAAUGAUUUACCAUUCAAAAGCUCCAAAACAAUCUGUCACUAUUCAUUCAGCUCAAGAAAUCAUUCUACUUUAUCAACAAAAUAACAAUUUCCAACUAUCGCUUGAACACAAUUUAUAUAUUGAACAAUAUGAUGAAUGCUUUUCUUUAUCUAAAUGUCAAAAUGAUAUUAAUUGGUCUACAACUAAAUGGUCCGAAUGUGAACCGUUGGAUGAACAGAUGAAGUCCAAUUGUCGUCUAGUUGAUAACAUUACGGAUCGAAAAGAUUUAAUCAAUAAAAUUAUUGGUGUUCGUUACCGGAAUGUUUCAUGUAUCAUUGAUAAUAAUGAUAAUUAUCAUAAUUCACUAAACAAAUAUAUAAUGCCUAAUCAAUUGACGUCGAGUUAUUUUAUGAAAAGAAUACAAUUAGAUUUAAAUUUUUGUCGUAAAGCUAGUAUGCUUGGGGAGCUAGUGGAAGAACCAUAUGGUAGAGAAGCCUGUACUCAACCAAAAUGUUACAGAUGGGGAAAUGGACAAUUGUCAGCGUGUUCUGUAAAUUGCGGAAGCGGAGUGAAACAAACUCGAAUAUCAUGUGAAAGUGUUAUAUUAAAAGAUGAUUUGGAUACAAGCUCUAAUGAAAAAAAUGUUGUUUUACAAGGAAUACAUAUUGUUGACAAUGAUAAGUGUUUGCAAAAUCUUCAGUAUAUGCCACGUUUAUUUACUGAUAAAACAAACGAUACUAUAUUUGUGGAAACUGUUGAACGACGGAUAAAUAAUGAUCAAGAGAUGAUACCUAUAAAAGUUGACAAUAUAAACGAGCCUGUUGUGCUGACUUGCAAUGAAGCUCCAUGUGAUUUGCGUGUACCAGCUUGGAGAACAACAUCAUGGAGUGCAUGCUCCAGUUCUUGUGGGCUAGGUGUUAGACAAAGAAACGUUAUGUGUGUAGUCGAAACACAAAAUGCGAAUCUACAUAAACGUCAUUCAGUAUCAUAUACUUCUAUAUUUACGGCGAGUCGAUCCAAUAUUGAAGUAGUUGAUUCACAAAUAUGUUAUAAUGCAUUAUUGCCUGUGCCAACGGAACAAGAAACGUGUCUUGAAGCUCCGUGUCCUAUAUGGCAUGCUGAAGAAUGGCAAGAAUGUAUAGGUGAGUGUGAGUACGGAAUACAACAUCGAAAAAUUAGAUGUAUCAUUGAAUUGGCCUCUUCACAACAAAUAAAUAAUCAUUUACAAAAGUCGGAAGAUGAUAGUUCAUUACGUCCAUCGAUAAAUCAUCUUGAUUCUUCUUUAAUUCGUCGAUCACGUUCAGCAAAUGUAAUGGAUGUUGAUCAUGAGCGUUGUCGAAAUGCCGGUGCCAAACCAAUAUUAGAAAGACCAUGUUUAAUAAACCUAAGUUGUCCUUAUUGGUAUAAAAGUGAAUGGUCAAAAUGUUCAGUAAAUUGUGGCAUGGGAGUACGAUCACGUCAAGUUGUUUGCCGAUCUUCAAAUGGGACUGUAAUUAAUGUUGAGACAACAGAUGAUAAACAAGUAUUUUAUUACAACACAGAGACAUCUCAUGUAAAUUCACUUCAAUAUGCCAUACAGACUAUAAAAAAGAGUGCCACAACAAGACGCAAAUGUCUAAGUCCACGUCCUAUUGAUAAAGUUUCAUGCAGAACGCGUCCAUGUACAGGAUUAGAAGUAUUCUGGUGGCCCGUUACAUCAUCUGAGUGCAAUAUAACGGGAUGCGAAUUGACCAAACGUGAAAGAAUAAUCAAAUGUAUCAGUCCAAGACGUGGUCCAGUUCAUGAUGCGGUUUGUAAUCAUUUAGAAAAACCAUUGAACUGGACCAUUUGUGAAUUGUUCAAAUGCAAACGAUUUGAAUGGAGUACAGGAUCUUGGAGUUUAUGUCCAGAUACUUGUGAAUCAAGAAUGAGAUCUCGUCAAGUAAAAUGUGUAGAUGAUUUAGGUAAUGAAUAUUCAGAGACUUUAUGUCCAGCGAAUCUGAAACCCAGUAAUCGUGGUGUAUGUCCAAAUUUAUGUGCAGAUGUCCCUAAAAGUUGUCGUGAGUUAAAAUAUCGUUAUCCUUCAGCUGAUGAUGGCACAUAUCAAUUAUUAAUUGAACAAUCCUUAGUUUAUAUUUAUUGUGCAAACAUGGAAUCUUCAAAUCCAUCUGAAUACAUCACUUUACGUCAGAUUAACUAUGCUGCAUCAUCAGAAUUCUUACAACCGUAUCCUGAUUUAAAAUGGUGUCCUUCAGUCAAUCAAAACACCUCAAUGUUCAAUAUAUCUAAAAAUAUUUACCAACCAAAUUCAAAUUUUGAUUCAUCAAAAGAUAUUCCUGAAUCACUUCUAACUAGUAUGGAAGUUAACAACGUCAACUGUCCGAAUUGUCCAACAGUGUCGAAUUUAGCAUCAAAAACAUUCUAUAACAAAAUCCGAUUGGAUAUAUACAGUUUAGAAGUAAAAAUUGAUGAUGGACGAUUUUCACAUACUCUCGGUUCAUCAGUGAUGCCGUACGGGACUGCAAAAGAUUGUUUCUCAUCAACCGUUUGUCCUCAGGAUGGUCAAUUAAUAUAUGGUCGCUGUGGAGGACACUGUACAGGAUGUUGGCCUCAAACUGGAUUAUUUCUUGAAGUCAAGCCAGAUUAA